GCAGGCGUUUUGAAAUUAGUCCUUGUUGUAGUUUUCAAUUUUAAUGAAAACCGUGUUUAUGCGUAUCGUGUUACAUAGCGAUGUAAGCGAAGUGAAAAUAUCACAGUGUUAGUGACGAUUUGAGUCUAAAACCCUGGGGUGUUAGUGUUCGCUUUCUUUUACUUAUUCCUGUCAAUAUCAAAUCCACCGUCAUUGCAACAAGGAAUUCGUUGUGCACAGUUACUGGGGUGAAUAUUUAAAAAUGGGGACAAAUAGGAUUGUGAUGUUACUUGACAUGGAUUGUUUCUACGUUCAAGUUGAACAGCGUGAAAACCCAGAAACUAUAGGAAAACCAUGUGUUGUUGUUCAGUAUAAUGAAUGGAAAGGUGGAGGAGCCCUUGCAGUUAGUUAUGAAGCAAGAGCUUUAGGCAUCAAGCGUGGAAUGUUUGGGGAUGUAAUUCGUGCACAGUAUCCAGAUACUAUUAUGUUCAAGGUUCCAGAAAAGCGAGGUAAAGCAGAACUUACAAAAUACCGUGUCGCUGGAUCGGAAGUUAUUCAGUGCAUAUCUGAAUUCACAAAAGAUAUCGAAAGAGCUAGUAUUGACGAAGCGUAUGUCGACCUUACUGAUAUUGUAGAUUCAACCUUAACUCGAGAUGAGGAUGUAUCAUCACUGAAACCAAAUUCAGAAUCAUUUGUAGUGGCGAACAGUGAUAUUGCUGAGCAGUCAAAUUUAGAGCUUACCGGAACUAAUUGUCUCCCACUUAAUGGUGUCGAUUGGAUACAGUUAUUAGACUCUAACUUUGCUGAAGGAAGGCGAUUAGCUGUUGCUUCUGGACUAGUUUACAAUAUUCGUCAAGCUAUUUUCAAAAAGACAGGUUUCAAAUGUUCUGCUGGAAUAGGUCCUAAUAAAUCUAUCGCGAAAUUGGCCUGUAGUUUGAACAAACCAAAUAAGCAAACAUUAAUUCCGCAGGAAUCGAUUCCUGUCCUUCUUGAAAAUACACCUAUCAGUAAAAUACGAAAUUUAGGCGGUAAAUUAGGAAGUGCUGUGAUUAAACAAUUCAAUAUUGAGACACUCGGUCAAUUGAGUACAGUUCCGAUAUCAUUGCUUUCGAAAGAAUUCGGGGAAAAGACAGCAAUAUGGCUUCAUGAUUUAUCUCGUGGUAUUGAUCAUGAAUCAGUUGUCUCUCGAUCACUUGCACAAUCUGUUGGAUGUAGUAAAAAUUUUAUGGGACGUGCAAUGCUGACAACAAGUGGACAAAUAAAACGUUGGUUAUUAUGCUUAACAGAAGAAUUAUAUGAAAGACUAGAUGAUGAUUAUAAUCAAAAUCAACGUUAUCCUACACGAUUAAUUGUUUAUGCACGUACUGCAAAUCAUUUAAACUAUGCUGGGGGUAUCUCGCGUACACUACCAUCGAAUCUACUUCAGUUUAUUGGUUAUAAUAGUAAUAAUGAGAAUUGUAAUAUCGAUAAAUCUACAUUGGACGACAAUGAUAGUAAUAGUAAUAGUAACUUGGGUCCUAAUGCGAUGAAUUCAAUGAAAUAUUCAAGUCAUAUUGAAAAACUUGCAAAUGCUGCUGUAUCAACAUUGAAAGAUGUAUUUUACAAAGGUGAAGCACCAGAGAUUUGGGAUCCUGGUAUAACGUGUUUAGGACUAACAGCUGGAAAGUUUACUACUAAUCCAUGCGCAUCAAAUCUUGACAUACGCUGCUUGUUACAAAAGAAGCAACAACAACAACAAGAAGUAUCAGAUGCAAAUUGUGUUGUACAACAAGAAGAAUCUGUACCUGUACAUCUCCCGUCUACGGACAAAAAUGUAUCGUCUUCCUCGAUAUCUACUAACCCCACCACCUCCUCCUCCUGCUCGUCAACAUCGUCUAUACUAACAGCUUGUCCUGAUAAUAAAGCUGAUCUGCGCAAUAUUCCAUCUGAGAAUAAGCGUACAUCUCCCAAUGAUACUGACAAUAAUAAUAAUAAUGACAAUAGAAAUAAAUGUAUGUCAUUUUUCAAACGUUUACGAGUGGCUGAGAUUUCAGCUCCAUUUCACCCAAUCAUAUCUAGCGUUGACACCACUACCACCACCACCAAUAAUGCUACAACUGACAGUUUACAAUCUAAUGAUACUUUAGAGAAUGAUAUCUACAGAUCGUUAGAUAAAUCUCCUGCGUGUCUAGACAUUGAUUCAGAAUCACGUCAUUCAUCGACAUCAGAUUCAAGUAACUUUUUCACUUCAUAUUCUGUUGCUGAUUGGAUUAUAUGCGAUAAGUGUAAUUCCCGUGUAUCUGUAUGGCAAAUCCCUGAACAUGAAGAUUUUCAUAUUGCUCAACGUAUACAACAAGAAUGGAAAAAUGAAGAGGUGAGCAGUCCGGCGAAGGCAUCAAUAGCAACAACAAAUAACAGUACUAGUUCACUGUCGAAUAAAAUUAUUACCUCAUCCAAAGUGAAAUCUCAGUCAAAACAGAUAAUGAAAAAACAAGUUAAACAUCAGAAGCCAUCAUCAACCCUUCAAACAAUAGAUAAAUAUUUUUAUAAAGCAUCGUAAAUUGGGAAAUCUAUUCUGCAUUUAUUAUUUACGAUUAUAAUCAUGAUUCUUCUAUACUAUUGUGAUUAUCUUGAUAUUAUUAUUAUUAAAGAGGGAUGUUAAAAAGAGCAUGAGGCUUGAAUUCAACCCAAUUUUAUGGCGGUAAAUAUUAUUUAAUAGUCAGGCUCCAGAGUUAAACGCAUAAAAUUGCAUAUUCAUUGCUUCAGGGUGGUAUAUAUGUGUAUAUCUAUGGUCUCCCGUUGCAUCAGAAAUGCUUCGUUUUUUACCUGUAUUCUAGUGGUGAUACUCAUUCGAAAUGAAGGUGAUUCGGAGGCGGCGGGGAUAAUGUGAUGUGUCAUAUGUCAUCGCCCUAAAAAUGUGUGAAAAUUAUGUUCAGUGGUAUUUCUUGUUAUGUUAUGAAUAUGUGUUGGUUUAUGUGUGUUUUAUUUUAUUUUUUCCGCAGAAAUAAUGUGAUUUUUAUACUUUAUUUAUUUACUGAUUUGGAAGUUUCUCGAAAUGGAAAAUACAUUGCUCCUUCUUAUUUUUAUUUAUUUAAUAAAUUUUUUUUACUAUUCUUAUGCAUUGUACUUACUAUAAAUGUUUUUCUUUUGUUGUUUGUUUUGCAUUUUGCAUUCAUUGUGAGAAGAAUAUUUUCAUUUGAAAAGAGAAAAAUCUUUCUACAGAAUAUUUA